CUCUGCAGCGCAGCUAGCAGCGGGAGCUAAUCCGGCGGCUAGCUGCUAGCGGCUAACGGCUAGCUGUGAUGGCGGAGCUGGUGCAGGGACAGGCCUCGAUGAACCAGCCGGGGCUGAAGUCAGACGGCCUGGCCGAUGUUUUACAGAGGGCCCGGCAGAUGGUGGGGAAAAUGGGAGGAGAAGCCAUGUCUCACCUCAACAGCUCCUCAGGAGGAGUCGAACCCUCCAUCUACUACCAGAAAAGACCAGGAGAGGACGGAGUAGGUAACCAGCUAGCAGCCAUGGGCCACCAGAGCCGAGUAAUCACAGAGGAAUACAAGGUCCCCGACAGGAUGGUGGGCUUCAUUAUCGGUAGAGGAGGAGAACAGAUCACCAGGAUCCAGCUGGAGUCCGGCUGCAAAAUCCAGAUCGCUGCUGACAGCGGAGGUUUGAUGGAGCGGCCGUGUUCUCUGACCGGAACUCCAGAGAGCAUCGAGCAGGCGAAGCGUCUGCUCGUCCAGAUCGUGGAUCGCUGUAGAAACGGUCCGGGUUUCCACGGCGACGGGGAGGGCGGAGCCUCGGUGCAGGAGAUGCUCAUCCCAGCCAGCAAGGUGGGGCUGGUGAUUGGCCGAGGAGGAGACACCAUCAAACAUCUGCAGGAGCGAGCCGGGGUGAAGAUGAUGAUGAUCCAGGACGGUCCGAUGCCGACCGGCGCCGACAAACCCCUCCGCAUCUCUGGAGACCCGUACAAAGUCCAGGCGGCCAGAGAGUUGGUGCUGGAGGUGAUCAGGGACAAGGACGGAGACUUCAGGUCGGGACGCAGCGACUUCAGCGCCCGACUGGGAGGAACCAGCGUGGACGUUCCAGUUCCCAGGUUCGCUGUCGGCAUCGUGAUCGGCAGAAACGGAGAAAUGAUUAAGAAGAUCCAGAAUGACGCGGGAGUCCGAAUCCAGUUUAAAGCAGAUGACGGCAUCAGUCCAGAGCGCGUUGCCAUGGUGAUGGGCCAGCCGGACCGCUGCCAACACGCCCUCCACCUCAUCAACGAGCUGAUCCAGACCGCGCAGCAGGAGCGCGACGGGUUCGGGUCGGCGCUGAGGGGCGGGAGGGUCCGAGGUCGCAGCGACUGGACCAUGGGCUCCCCCGGGCCUCUGCAGGAAGUCACCUACACCAUCCCUGCUGACAAGUGUGGCCUGGUCAUCGGCAAAGGUGGGGAGACCAUAAAGAGUAUUAACCAGCAGUCCGGAGCUCACGUGGAGCUGCAGAGGAACCCGCCCCCCUCCACCGACCCCAACACCCGGGUCUUCACCAUCCGAGGCACCGCCCAGCAGAUGGACCUGGCCCGCCAGCUCAUCGACGACAAGAUCGGGGGCUCAGGGAUCAUGAGUAACGGAGGUUUUGGCUUCAGUCCCUUCACCCAGGGCCCCGCCACCCACCAGAACUGUGGCAGUGGCCAGACUUUCCUGACUGGAGUCUGGGGAAACACCUACCAGACGAGCUGGCAGAGCCCUGGACAACAAGACCCUGGUCAGCAGAACCAACCACAGAGUCUGAUGACGGACUACAGCAAGGCCUGGGAGGACUACUACAAGAAACAGAGCCAGUCGUCUCAGCAGAGCUCAGUGCCGGAGUACACCGCGGCGUUAGCAGAAUACUACAGACAGCAGCCCUACCUGUGGAACCCGGCUCAGAUCCAGGAUCACUAGAGGCUCCCUCCCUUACCGGUGAAGGCCUGGGAUGGUCGUCAACGGCAACCUAAUCGGGGUUUCCUAGCAACGCUCUGCCGCUUCCUCCUUCCUUUUUUUUGUAGAGAAAACUAAGGAUUAACUGAAAAAUCAACGAACUCUUUUCUUUCUGUUUUUUAACCUUACAAAGUUGAGAUUUUGUCGGGCAGACUUUUUUGGACUAGCCUCUGGUCUCUCUCAGCGUAGACCUGUUUUUUCUUUUUGUUUUGUUUUUUAUCAAACUUGAACAUAAAGAUGUAUCAGUGUGGCUUUGAACAAACAAAAAAAGAAUCCAGUAUAAUCUAUAUUUUGUCUAGUUUUAUUUUCCGAUAAGAAAACGGUAAAAGGCUUAGCAGUCUUGAGUAAGAGAAUCAGAUAUUAUUAUUAUUAUUAUUAUUAUUUUGGUUCUGAUAAUGUUUUAAAGCAUGCGUCAGAUUGUGUGUGUUUGACUCUCAGUUAUUUUUUUUUUUAUUUUGGCAUAGAGAUAUUUUAAUAGCGUCGGAUGGAAAUGUUUUACCGUCAGAGACAACUGUUUUUGUACUAAAUCUGCUCGCUGGGUCUGUUUGUUCUCCAUCUAAUUUUACCUGUUAGUCGCCAUCUUGGAGGUGCAAUGACACGUUUGUUGUUUUCUUUGGUUUGAUGCUCGUUCUUAUUCUUGUAUCUCUGUAGUGAUUUCUUUAGGUUUUAUGAUGUAUUGAUGAAUAAAUGACGAUUUAUAUUGCGUUGUCUAAAGCCAGAUCUCUCUGUGGUCAAACACUUUGUGAUUUAUCCUCCGCCUCCACCACAGAAAACUUUAUCGUGGUUGUGACGUUGUUCUUGAGUUUUUACCGAUUUGUUUGUGGAGCAAAAAUGAAGUUAUCGAUUCUCUGAGCAAUAAAUCGGCUAAAUCAGCGCGCUAGCUAAAUGUGCUAGUUAGCCGAACAGUGUUUGUUAGCAACAAAAAGAAGAUGAUGAUGUGUGUUACCUCAACUGUGUGUUGUUGCCGAGCUUUUGGUUUUGUUGUAGCUAGUCUGUGCCUGUUAGCUGAAUGGAAAAAAAAUCACCAGAACAUUCUGUUAGCCAUUAGCUUAGCCACGGGUAAGAAUUUGGUAACUGACCGGUUUCUGUGUGUGUUAGCGAGUCUGCUAGGUUUGCUAACUUAACGGCUGGUUAUCCAUGACUGAGAAAACCGUCACGUUAGCCUCAUAGUUUAUGAUACCAACAUCUAUAUUUAUGAAAGUUUUGUUCUGCUUUGACAUUUUUGGGGAAAAGGUAGAACUAGAAACAAAACUGCUCCAAAAAUUUUUGCGUUUGCUAGCAUCUAAAUAUUAGCAAUCAGUCUGAUAAAUGAAUCUAGUUGACCUCAUAACAAACUGCCAAAAACAACCUCAGAUCAUUCUUAGGCUAAUCUAUCUGGGUUAGCUUCUUGGCUAACAAAGGGCUAGUGUUAGCGAGGACAUUAGCAAAACUGUGCUGUAGCUCAAUGGUGCUAAUGUGGUGUGCUAUGCUGGUGUUUUAAUGUGUAUCAGAGCCGGACGACGCUUCUCCAACAUGAGCAGUCGUCGCGUUGCUGUUUUCUUCUUGCACAAAUGUAAAAGUAAUUUUUAUUUUUGUGUUUCUCUUAUUUUGAAGCAGGAUUUUUUGGAUCUACUGAUUAGCUUUAGCUCGACCUGUCCGUUACAUUCAGAUGUUUUUUUUUGUGUCUUUGUAGCCGUGCGUGUUAGCUGAGCGUUGCUUCGUGUUGCGUGUAUGCUAAGGCUUGUUAGCAGCGUGUUAGCGGCGUGUUAGCGUUUGUGCGUUAGCUGCAGGUGUGGGACCACAGAGAGGUUUGUCUUGGUGAGGGAGGUCUGGCUGUUGUUGAGUUGAACAUUGAGUCAGUGGUUCUGCUUCCCGUAUGUGUGAUGAUGAUGAUGAUAAUAAUGACGACGAUAAUAAUGAGUUCUCUUGUUAAAGGGUCUAUUUAAAUCUGUUUAUCCAGUUCUGAAUACUCAGUGUGUCGAUGAUGUGCUAUGGUUUUGUGUAAAUUUCCACUCUCUCUGGCGGGUGCUCUCCAGUUAAAAUGUUCUUUGUUUAAAACCUGAUUAUGUUUAAUUCACAUGUUUCCAGAAGAGAAGCUGUUGUUAGAUUCUCAAGACUGCUAGGCUAGGCUAACUGUCCGUCUCUGUUUGGACGCCGCCGCUUUCAGAAGCCAACAUGGCCGACUUCUUAAAGUGGCGGCGUCAGGGUCAGGGGGAGGAGAGCUGUAGUGAUGGGGUCAAAUCCCCCCCCUCUCCCCCCAAGAAUAUAAACCCACCGAGUGGACGUGGGCCCAGUGUCCUGCUCCGGUAUCUGGGCCCGGUCUGAACAGAACCGCCCUGAACCGGGUCAGGACACGCCCCCGUUCACUCCGGCUCUAGAUCUUCCUAGUCCUAGCACCCCCCUCCCGGUCCUGAAGUGGGGGGGCGGGUGCUUGGUUUCAUGGUUUCUGUUGUUUUUCUAACGGACAGACGUCCUAACUGUAACCUGCAGAUUUUUCUAUUAGAUUCUAUUGACAGAUAAAAGUUGUGAAUGAACCCGAGCCACGAGACUGUCGCUGGCCGAGGAAGAGGAAGAUGAUGAUGAUGAUGAUUAACACAGGAGCUAAUAAACAGGCUCGUUCUUUCUGA